ACUGAGGAUCCUAAAACCGUUAUGUCGGAUGGUUCAGCAAAUCCAAUUAGAACACGGGUGAUUCGUCGGCUUGGACCAGAUGACCGAACAUUAACACUUCAAAGAUAUACGCAAUUAAGUGUUAAACGUUUAAAGGAUUGA